AUGACAAGUUUUGACGAAGUCAGUGAGGCUGAUGAAGAAUUUUUUGGCAACGAGAAUGUUUCAGUGAGUGAAAAAAAUGCAGAAAGUGAAGAACAAGAACAGCAAGAUCAAUUUGACGAGAAUUUAGAAGACUUUGAUUAUAAUGAAUUGGAAGAAUUAAAUGAUUUGGGGGAAGACUUUGCUGAAGAUAAGGCAGAAGCUAGAGCUAAGAAAAAAGCAAGGAAAGCAGCUAAACGGUUAAAAAAGGAAGCAAAAAGAUUAAGACGUGAAAAGAGGCAUAAAAUAAAGUUAAAUAAAAAGAAUGCUUUUGAGGAAACUUUAAAUGAAGAGAAUAUAUCUAAUGAUGAUAUUGAUACCAAAAAAAGGAUAAAAACUUCAAAAUCAGAAGAAAUAAAAAGGCACAAAAGAAAGAAGGCAGAAAAAAAAAAGGAAAAACAUAUUAAACAUAAAAAAAGGAAAAGGAAACAUUUAACUGAAGAAUUGAACGAAGAUUUAAGAGAGGAAGAAAUGGAGGAAGGAGAAGAAAAUGAGAGGAUUGAGCCAAAGAAAUUGCGUUCUAAUUUUGAAUCGGAGCCUAGAGCUAGUCAUCACAGCGACCAUUCGUUAUCGCCCCCACAUUCACCAAGAACACGUUCUCCAACAAAAUCAACUGAAAAAAAUAGAUCACAAAGUUCACAUUCUAGAGCGAGUAGCAGCAGUAGUAAACGAUCAUCUUCAACUCAUUCAAAAGACACUAAACGUUCAUAUACUAGUGACAGCAGUGAUGACGAGAAAAAAGAGAAGGCUCCGAAACUUCGUGAUUAUGGUCCUGAUGUUUCUUCUUGGCGGAUGUAUGAAAUUGAAAAAGAAAAAGCAGCUCAAGCAGCCAGUUCCUUUCCUUUAUCGUCUAGAGGCCGAAAUCCAAAUUUGGUAUCAACAUUACGGAAACCAUAUGUACCUGGAGGUGGACGCAAGGCACUCGCUUAUUUUAAAGCUGCAGCUCGUGGGAGAGGUCGUGGUAGAGGAGCCUUCCUUCCUGGGAUGCGUGGACGAGGACGUGGUCGUGGAAGAGGACGUGGUAUUAUGCGCUUUUAUGGCCCGUUGCGCCCAAAAUCUGAUUAUCUCGAUAGUAGUGGAAAAAUUGAUAGAAAAAAACUUUUGGAAAUUGCGACACAAAAUGCUACAAAACUUGCGAUGGAAGGAAAGUUACCAAAAGGUGAAGAAUUAUUGGAGGCAAUAAAAACAAAAUCAAUGGAACAAUUAGCAACAAUAUCUAAACAAAUGGAGGAUGAACAACUUAAAGUUUCUUCAGCCCCUGUUCCAUUUGUUCGUUGGAUGAGUAGUACUUUUGCUUUAGCUUUGGAACAACAAAAUUCUAAUUCUUCUACUCCAUUACUUCGACCAAAGAGAGGUUUUCUUCCAUCAGAUAAUACAGCGCAUUUAAUGGAAAAAGUGAGUAGUAGUGAAGAUGAGGCUGACAAAGAGGAACUUUUUCAAAGUAUUAAUUUAUUAAUUAUUUUUAUAUUAUGUACAUCUUUAAAAAAAUAA